UUUAAAUCAUGAUUGCAUAACUACUUCAAAAAAAGAAAGCCAACUUGUGGAGGAAAUCUCUAGAAAUAGCUCCAAUGAAUCUGUCACAUGUCUAUCCAGACGGGAUGAUAUGGCUGUGGGUGUAACAACUGCAAAGUGCCCAAGAGUUCAAGAGAAAAAAGAAUGGGAAGUUCUAAAGGAUGUGACAAAUGUAACCCAGAACAAACUUGGUUGUCAGUCACAACUCACUAAAGAAAAUCAAGGUCUUUUCAGUUCACGAAGCAAACGUCAAACUACUACAGUGUUAACUUAUAAAGAACCAGCAAUAGGCAGAAAACUACGUCGAGGGGAUCAAUUUACAGACUCGAGCUUUCUCUGCUCACCUGUAUAUAAAAAUAAGAAAAGACAAAGACACAGUGUUCAAAAAGUACACAAAUGAAGAUAUAGGGAAAAUACAACAUCACAGAAUUUCAACUUUUGACAAAUUUCAGAUCGAGAAAUAACACUUGCACUUCCUGCAUUUUAAAAAUUUCUCUGAAAUUGUCAUGGCUAUCUAAAUGCAGCCUAAUAAAUGUAUUUCUUAUGUGUUGCCAUUACUGUUCAUGUUUAUAUCUAAUUAGUACAGGAGAGCUUUCUAGUUGUUCCAAGAAAAUAUGCAAAA